AUGGAGCCCGACCACGCCGUGGAUGGAGCGGAGAAGGAGAAGGACCUCGAGGCCGCCGGAGACGGCCCCGACGCCGCUGGCCCUGCGGAUGCUGCCGCGGCGCCUGUGGACGACUAUCCGGCCGGCUUCGCGCUUGCCUUUAUCGUCGUGGCGCUGGCCAUGAGCAUGUUUCUGGUCGCUCUGGACAUGACAAUCAUUGCCACGGCCGUCCCCAAGAUCACCGACGAGUUCCACAGCCUCGAGGACAUUGCCUGGUACGGUUCGGCCUUCUUCGUCACCAGCGGCGGCUUCCAGUCGUCGUGGGGCAAGGCCUUCAAAUACUUCUCCCUGAAGGGCACCUACCUCGCCGCCAUCUUCGUCUUCGAGCUCGGCAGUCUGAUUUGCGGCGUGGCGCCCACCUCGACGGCCCUGGUCGUUGGCCGCGCCAUUGCUGGCGUGGGCGCCGCGGGCGUCAGCUCCGGCACCUACACCCUGAUCGCCUUCGCGGCUCGGCCCGAGAAGCGGCCUGUCUUUGUCGGCAUCUUUGGCCUCUGCUUCGGUCUCGCUUCUGUGGUCGGCCCCCUGAUUGGCGGUGCCUUUACCGACAACGUCACCUGGCGCUGGUGCUUCUACAUCAAUCUGCCCAUCGGGGGGCUGUCGGCCUUCCUCGUCUUUGUCUUCUACCGCACGCCUGCUUGGGCCAAGCCGGCCGAGGCUACCUGGCGUGAGAAGCUGCUGCAGAUGGACCCCGUCGGCACCACGCUGGCCCUGGGAGCUAUCAUCGCCUACAUCAUCGCCAUGCAGUACGGCGGGCAGACGGAGCCGUGGAACUCGUCCAAGGUGAUUGGCCUGCUCGUGGGCUUCGUGGUCAUUUCGGCCGUCUUCGUCGGCUGGGAGAUCUAUGCCGGCGAGCGCGCCAUGAUGCCGCCGCGCCUCGUGAGGCAGCGUGUCGUGUGGUUCAACGGCAUAUGGGCCUUUUUGUUGAUCGGCGCCUACUUUGCCACUGUCUACUACCUGCCCGUCUAUUUCCAGAGCAUCGAUGGCAUCAGCCCCACGGCGUCGGGCGUGCGCAGCUUACCGCUGAUCUUGACCACCAGCGUCGCCAUCAUCCUCCUCGGCACGACCCUCAAGCACUUUGCCAAGCACACCGUGAUUGUCAUGGCCUUUUGCGCCGCCCUCGCCGCUGUCGCCAUUGGCCUAAUGAUCACCUUUGACAUUGGCACCUCGGUCGGCAGGCAGGUCGGCUUCCAGCUCCUUGCCGGCUUUGCGCUCGGCUUUCCCUUCCAGCUUCCCGUCCUCAACACCCAGACCCAGUCCAAGCCCGAGGAUCUUGCCGUCGUCACCGCCAUCAUCAUCUUCUCGGAGACAAUCUCGGGCGCCAUCCUCCUGUCUGCCGCCCAGUGCGCCUUCGUCAACAAGAUGCUCGGCUCGUUGGCCACCACGGCACCCGACGUCGAUCCGGCCAAGCUGCUGGUGACAGGCGUGUCCGAGAUCCGCUCCGUGUUCCCCGCCGAGCAGAUCCCCGGCAUCCUGCAAGCGUAUAUGGACGGCCUGCGCAUCCCGUUCGCUAUCGCUACUGCCACCGCGGGUGCUGCUUGCGUCAUCGCCUGCAUUCUCCUUGCCAUCCCUGCCAGCAAGGGAAAGAAGGCCUUUGGCAGUGGCGUCGAGUCCAGCGACGGCUCGUCAGCCAACAAGGACGAGCUCCCCGCUUCCACCUAA